AUGAAUACAGAAUCGAAUGGAGCUUCUUUUGGUGAUGUACCACAACCUGAAUAUUUUCAGAAAUUUUUGGUCGGAUAGAAUCUAGUUGAUUCUUCUACCUCAUUCGCAAGACUCAAUAGCAAGACAGUGACUGAGAGGAGUAUUCGGGAAUCAUUUUGGGAAGAGCAGAAUUAUGAAGUCAUCCUCCAAUAGAUGUUGGCUAGUAAUAUAAGAUUGAUGGAUGAGAUUGCCAAAUGUUAAAACCUUGAAACCCAGGUUCAGUAGUUACAACGAAAGAAUUCCGAACUCGCCACUUAAAUUCAGCAUUUGCAAGACACUAACGCCAAGCUACUACACGAACUAGACUCUUGUAAGAAGGACAAACAGACUCUUCAAGAAGAGAUCAAGAAAAUGGAAAGAGAGAAUAAGAAACUCUACUUACCUGAAUCUAAAUUUAAAUACAACAAUUUGAUGGAUCUCAACAAAAUCCUAAUGAACAAGACUGAGUCCUCCUUUCAAUUCUACAAGGACCAUCUGCUUUCCUCCAAAUUCACCAGUCCAAAAAUACACAACUCUAAUCCCUUUAUCUACACCACCAGACCUCAAAGUCCUUCGACCAGUGUCAGAUAGAGUACACCAACCAAAUCCGAAAUAAAGUCCCCAUUCCUCGUGUUUAACAACACUGCCAAUUCCUGGAGAGACUCUUAACAAAAUCGAAAUGCUGUUGAAUUUAAGAAAUUUCAAAAGACUAUGGAACAAUUAAUGAGAAAACCCAAGAAAAUCACUUGA